AAUAUAAUAUAUUGGACCCAUGAUUUUUCAGACUUCAGUUCUUUCCUGCUGUCAGGCCAACACUUUGAGAAGUAAAAGGCUUAAGGUGAACAAAUGCUUUAGAUUACACUAAAAAAAUAUAACCUCUUAGAGGCAUUAGUGGGAGUUUUAAAGAGAAUUCAACACAUCAUAAAUCACUGUCAGGGUGUUACCACGGAGCACCUAUGAGACUAAAGAGGAAGUGGAGCUUUUAAGGUUUUCCCCAUCCACGUGCAUUAUCUAAUAAACUGUGAAACAUGGACGAAGACUAAGACAGAGGGAAAGCAGAGGUCGGUGAAACAGGGAACAGUAAAAUGGAAGUGAUGCCAUACAGAACCGAGUGUGCGUCACAGCUGUUGUUCUUGGACAGAGUUUAAAGAGUCUGUCUCAUCGUGUCAUUUUAUGGAUACCCGCCUGCGCAUACAAACACAGCUUAUUGUGGAUACUCUCAUUCAAGAUCUUGUUCUGGGAAGAAAAUUGCAACUGGGACAGCUUGAGUCACUUUAGGGAUAAAGUCCAGGGUAAAGACAAAGCAGCUUCCCCCAGCAUCGAUUUUUCCUCUUUUUCCCCCCCUCUCAGUACCCACACAAGACACAUCAUCACGGAAAAGAAUACCGUGCUGCAGCCUUGCAGGCUCCAUGGUGUGCAUUCAUCUCUGCUUAGUUACAUUAGCAACCACAUUUAUGACCACUUACAGCCAACAAUAAAAAAAAAGGGAUACUCUACAUAACUGUUUGCUCUCAGCUGAAAGCCUUUAAUUGCCUUUUAAUAGACAAAUGUCGAAGUGCCAUAAUCAGCAGUAAUGCAGGCCAAUUUUGAGGCUGAACACACUGCUAACAGACUUAAAUAAAUCCAAAAGAGCAGCUUGGGGCCAAAUACAGUCACACAAGCAAGUAAGAGUGAUGAGUAAAGUUGGUUCAAGCCAGGAUUGCGUAAUAAGGAACAUCAGGGCCCACCCGGGCCUACCCUCCCACUGGGUAAUUCAGCUCAGCCCCUGGUGACUGUGCAAACAAGAGAGAAAACCUGACAGGAAGCUGAUUACCUCUCAGAACAGAGUCUUUCUGACACUCACGAGGGAGAACAAAAGCAGGGCGAGUGACGCCUGAGAAUUACUAAGCGUUAGUUACCAUUCAUUUUCAUCACGCCUCAUCUUUUUUUUCCUUAACGGAUUAAGGACCGCAUUAGAUGCAGAGCAACUCUUCUUCCGGCGGAGUCUACAGGUUACAAGCCUCUGAAGAGCUUUCACAUGGACAAUGAGUCUCCGGUUGAGGGGAAUACUUAAGUCAAGUAGCAUUGACUGCCUUUAGAGAGGAAUGCCAACUAGCAGCUACUGGGAUGGAUUUGUCCACUGUUGCCUGGUUUCAAGAAUCAAUACAGCCAUAGAGUAACUACAUUAUAAAGGACGUGCUGAUGCAGCUAAGGAAAUGCAACUCUGCAAAGACUGCCCUUUAAGGUCAUCCUUUCAUGUUUUCUGAAAAAGAAAAGAAAAGGGAAAAAGAAAAGCUUCAUAACAACACUGCAUUUUUCUGAUCCGUUUUCCCAGAAAUGGGGAACACCAUAUCCAACAAUCGUUAAGUAAUUUACAUUUCUUCAAGAGUCACAGUGUGAAAACGACUUUGCAAGUGCGAGAUACAGUCAAGUCUGUUUCUUUUUGAGCAAACGAGGCACACUGUUUUGUUUCCCUUUUCCUGUGAGUCGGUGAGAAAGCCAGCUGACCAGUGUGAUCUUAUCUGCUUAACUAAUUACUAUCAUCAUGAAACCACUAACUGCCUCGGCAGAGUCUUUUUUUCUUUUUCUUUCCUUUUUUUUAAAGACAUGAACUGGAGCCAACAGCUGUAACACCCAGAGACUACAUGAACAAGCUGUUCUGCUGCUUAAUAUUAACAAGAUAUUAGAUUAAUUACUUCGCAGACUUACGGCGGGGAUUGCAUGGAGAGUUCGGGGCAGCAGAUGAACAGAAGCGAUCUGGGCAAAAUGAAUGGAGAUGAGGUUUUGAUUAAAUGUUUAGUCCCCAUCUUGGAUGGGCUGAUUCUGUUGACUGGUCUCAUAGGGCAAACUCUGGUCGUCAUCAUUCUUACUAGGAGGAGGAGGAAACAGAACCAACCCCCACACGGCACAGACAUCCUACUUCUGGUUCUGAGCGCUGCUGACCUGCUGCUGUUACUCUGCCUGCCCUUCCACACCUCCGCUAUCACCCUGGGCUUCUGGCCUUUCGGCAGCUUCCUGUGCAAAGUUAUCAGUUUCCUGGGCGUUGCCUGCUCUGUUGCCUCCGUAUUUACCAUGGCAGCUUUGGCUGUGACUCGCUACCUUACAGUGGUACACCCCACCUGGGCCUUCCGCUUGCGAAUGCACAGGCGCAUUAAACUGACAGUAGCUCUGCUCUGGGUCCCCGCCUCAGCUCUGGCAGCACCACAGUUUGCAUUUCGCACAGUCACCGUGUCCAGUGUUGUGCAGUGCUUCGCCUUCCUGUCUGACUUCAGCCAGCUGGUCUACAGCAUCGCCCUUUUCCUGUUUGGCUUCGCUCUGCCACUAGGCAUCAUUAUAUUAAUGUAUGCAAAGAUUUAUUGUUUUCUUCGAUAUGCACGCCAGGUGGGGAAUGCCCCUCAGCUAGAACGCUACCAGAGACAAGUCACUCACACUUCAGCCCUACUGGUCGUCGUCUUUACCAUCCUGUGGCUGCCCUCCUAUGUCCUCAUGUUUUCCUUAAUUGGAGGACAUUUAAAACGCUCAUCUGGCAACAAAAUAUUUGCCAUCGUGGCCAGGCUGCUGGCAACCUCAGUGGGUGUGGUAAACCCUGUACUCUACGGCUUUGUGUCUCAGAAGUUUAGGCGAGACUUACUAGAGCUUGGAAGAAGGCAAUGGGCACGAUGCAGAAACUGUGUGAUUGGCUGCCCUUAUGCAAUGAGCAGAGACAUGGUACGGCCUUUUGAGGAGGACACUACCUCAGGGAGAAGCCAAAACUGACUUUACAGAAGGAGAUCUGGAAUUAAGACUCGUUAUUACCUCCAAACAGGCUGAAAUAUUACAUAAGAAAUGCUCAGUGACGUUAAAUCUAAUAAAAUAAAUUCCAGAUGUAAGAGAUUUACUGCAGAUUGCCAAAGUGAUCACUUUCUUGAUGUUUUUCCACAUUCGUUUUUCAUCCAGCAAUGACUGACUUUAUUCCAUUAGCACAUGUGGAAACAGCACUAGUCUUGGAGGUUUCAUUAACAGUGUGUUUUUAAAAGUUAAUCACUUGGACAACAGACUUCUCUAAAACAUGACAGAAUGUGAUUAUGUAAUCAUGUCAAAAGUUAAUAUGAUUGUUUAGAUUUGGUGUGCAGUCUCAUCUGGACAAAUACACUCCUCUAACCUCAGCUGGAAUAACUCUUUGGAGCUGAAUAAGUUCUGCAUUCGGUACACGAUGUAAGACGUCAUUCUUAAAACUGCUUCAAACCCUUGCUCUCAGCGCAAAAUCAGUAAAAACACAAACCCUGUGCACCUUCCUUGUUUUCCUGCUGUGCUUAACAAAAUAAUUCAUGUUUUGAAUCUUGUUAGAUGUGAACAGCUCUGGUCCAGGGCUUUUAAAUGUGAUGCUUCACUCUUGAAUUAUUUAAAGAGAGCGGGAUUUAAAAGGCACUUCAGUGGUGAAACAAGCAAAAACCAGGGCGUGGGUGUUAGUGUGCGCAAGCGUGUAUUCUUCGAGUAGCAGCUCUCAAGUGAUGUCAAUCUCUACUGGUUGAGAAGUUACAGCUGUGUGUUCGUUACACCGGAUCCUCCCGGAUGCUUGUAUUAUGAUGUCUGCUGACACCGUAGAGGGGACAACAUUCAAUUAUUAAUGGAGAGAAUUUUAAAAUAUGGUAGCAAACAGCAACGCAGCUGAAAUAUUUGUCAACACAGGUGGGGAAGUCUUAAGAGCAGCAAAACUUAAAGUUUUACCGACGCUUUGACGGAAAAGCGAAAUGCAACUGAUGACU